GCUUCUCCGUCUAUGGCCGCGUCAACUUGGCAGUGACAGUGCUGCUCUUGUACUACACCAAUGAGCGAUCCGUGCUCCAUCGCGAGAUCACUGAGAUGAUCUUCUGGGCGUGCAUGUACGGCUGGUUCGGCUUCAUCUUCAUAGGCUUGCACGACUCGCCGCUCCUACAGCUUGGCGAGAUCAAGUCCGUCUUCGGCUGUCUCGCGGACAUUAUCAUUGUGCUGGUCUUCAGCCUUUUCGGCAUUUGGGCCCACACCUCGGCGCAGACCGAACGGUUGCAAUCCUCCAUCCAGGAGCUGGAUCUCCAGAUGCUAGUGGAGAAGCCGUACGGCGAGACGGGGGCGGCCCGAUUCACGGUUUACUGCAUUCAGAACCUCAUCAGCCAGAGGAGCACAUCCUCUGGACAGCUUCAGCGACUCGCAGGCCGGUUGCAAGAAGUCCUCACUGGUCGCAUGCACUGGCUGGAAGAGGAGGUGCUGCAAGCUCUUGAGUCGUGCUGCCAUCGGACGGAUCCCAAGGACCCUCCGGAAGACCUGCUCUACGUGCUGAACUGUUCGGAAGUGGACUUGCCGCAGUUCCUGGCGUUGGCAGGGAGCGAAGCGGUCCUGAAGAUCUUGCGGGAGAACAUCCGGCACAUGGACACGGUAACCAAGACGCGAUUGGUGGAUGCGCUCCAGCGGCAGCACGACUUCUACGUGAUGCGGCUGCAGCAGGAGGUGGUAGUCGAACUCUUGGAGUCCACCACCGGCGAUGAGCUGCGCAUGAUGAAAGACGUCUUAGACGAGGGCGGGGAUUUCUACAACCUGCACAAGCUCGUCUUUCACGACCUCGAUCCCGAGAUGUACGAGCGAGCACUCAGACACAUUCAGAAGGAGGGUAGGCGCAUGGCGAAGCAGUACGCGCCGCAUAAGGCUCCGAUCAAGAUCAUCAGCGAUGUGGACGACACGCUCUAUGGGAGUGGCGGCCAUUUCCCCGCCGGCUGCGAUGAGCGCUUUCCGAAAAGCCAGGUCUAUCCAGGGGUUCUAGCGCUGUUUAAAGAGAUCACGGCCGAGCGCGCCAUGAAGCAGAAGGAGAAGGUGCCAAAGGGAGAGGAGGACGACAACGAGCAGCAAAGCUUCAGUGUUUUGCGGCUGCUGGGCUACCGGGUACACAACAACACUAACCCAGUGUGGAUUCGCGCCCCCGGCCGGCAGUGGAAGGAGAUUUCCGUGUCCGACUCCGAAACCGUGGCGCAGCUUCAGGAGCGGGUGGCUCGAUCCAGGGAUGCCGGCGACCUCUCAUUGCUGGGCGAGGUGCAGUCUCCACCUCCUCCACCGGUAUGGGUGAUGUUUGCUUCCAUCCUCCACAGCUACGAGUUUGGUCGAACCUGGCAGCACGGCGGCAAGUUGACUGAUUACCUGGAGAGCAAGUCGUAUCAGCUCUUCCGGAUAUUUUGGGAUCAUGGGGUGCUCGAAGCUUGGCCGGGUGUGGGUUAG